AUGCCAGAGCAUCGGGCUCACAUGCCUGCAAGCCGCGGCGGGAUCUGGAGUGCAGCUGCGGCAGCGCGCCGUGCAGCAGAAGCGUCCAGUCCAGGGGAGACGCCGCUCCAAGCUGCGAUCCGGGCCGCAAAGGCGUGCUGGAAGCGGGCCGAGGCGGAGAGACGGAAGAGGCUGGCCCGUCGAGUCGCGAAGCGAGCAGCCAAGAAAGCGAAGCCGCGCACGCCCAGGACACAGGCCCUGCCUGACCAAAGUGUUGAGGCAGGCGCGAUAUGCGCGAUCACGACGCAGGCGGAGCAGAUGGCAAAACAAGCCGCUGCAUGUAAGGAGGCAUGGGAUGCAAAGGAAGCAGUUCGGCUCCUUCGACAGGCAGCUGCGCUGAUGGAGUCGACACAUGCCGUGAGGAAGCAGCUCCGAAAAGUUGCCGAUGACGUGCUGCAGGUCCUCGACGUGGAGGAUCCCAAGACGCGCCGUCUUGUUGGUGAUGCCUUGCGUACGUUUGGGCAGUGA